GGUCGGUACUUAGUGAAAUGCUACGGUGCCUUUACAACAGUGUGGUGGUCGUUGUGUUUUUCUCACUGGUUGCAAGAUCUUCGGAAACUGAAAUAAAAUGUGAUACAAAGACAGAAAAAAACUUUUGUCUGCGGUACUUCUCAUACGCAGCGACUUUUAAAGAUGCUCAGAUUGAAUGCAAACAACAUAACCUCUCUCUAGUUACUUUAUCUACAAAAUCGCAGCAAGAAUUUUUGAGGGAGUUUCAGACAAAUUUUGAGCCUCCAAUCAUCGCAUCAUGGAUUGGCUUAUUUACUGAAAACGGUCAUUUGCGCUGGUCAUCUGGAUAUUCUGCAGUGCCACAAAUUUUUAUUUCUGGCAGGCCGGGAAGUGUCGAAGGAUGUGCUAUGUCUAAUAUAUCCUCAGGAGGUCUUUUUACAUGGGAGUUUAUUCCAUGUGAUACAAAACUAAGUUUUGUGUGUGGCAACAUUCCUCAAAUAUCCUAUCGACAUCCAUUUUCUAAUCAGAGCACUCUUGUCUGCCCUCACGGUUACAAACUGUUCGAUAAAAACUGCUACUUGCUAAGAGAAGUUCCGUCCAGCAGAUUAACGUGGGACAAAGCGGACGAACAGUGUAAAGCCUCAAAUACUUUUGCAUCUCUCGCUACUGUUACAUCACCUAUGGAACAAGAUGCUAUCUCUGUAUUAAUUGCCCGUUCUUCCCAUCCGGUAUGGAUUGGUAUGUAUCUUGAUCAAAGUGAACGUAAAUGGAUUCGUGGUGAUGUUAUCAACUAUACAAAUUGGUAUCCGAAACAAAUACUCGACACUGAAAAGCGAUUAUGUACAAUGAUGCAUCAGCGUCCAUUGCAUCUUGGACAAUGGGAAGAAGUUGAUUGCUCAUCCUCUUUAAAUUAUAUCUGUCAGGUCGCAGCUAAACCUAAAAUUUCAUCUGUUAGCAGCACUAGUGUGUCUACUUCAUCUCUUAUCCUUACUCAAGGUGCAUGCAAAGCUAAUUAUUAUGAAUACAAUGAACGUUGUUAUCAUCUUUAUACUGGUAAUGAAACUGAAAUUUCUUCACUAUGCGGUAUCAAAUUAUCACCUUAUUCUAAUGACGAAACCGCUUUCAUGCGUUUAUUACUACAGACUACGCCUGAUUUAACUGUUGAUCGAGCUUGGACAGGUGUUUCACUUAUGUAUGACUUAAAUUUAAGAUCGAAGUGGGUUUACAAAACAGAGAAUAACGAUUCGUAUUACGCUUCAAUGAUACACGAUUUCUAUAUUUUCUCGUAUAAAAAUGUCAAUCUAUCUACAAGUUCGAAUAGUCGUUUUUGUGUAUCAAUUAAUCGUGACAAUACAAUGAUGGAUGUUUUGCCUUGUUCGUUGAAACUACCAUCAAUUUGUGGAUAUCAUUUGCCAAAUUACAAACACCCAUUACCUCAAGACAGUAAUAAUUCCAUAUCAUCUUGUCCUCCACAUUGGAUUCAGUUUGGACAUAAAUGUUUCUCGCCAAUUCAUGAUACACCUCUUCCAUGGUCUGCAGCGGAAAAGCAUUGUUCUAAUUUCGUUGACGGAAAAGCUCAUUUACCAUCUGUUCACAGUCCAAGUGAAUUAACAUUUAUUGGUAAACUAUACACCGAAGUGAAUGUUUGGCUAGGUUUACAAAUUCAUCAUGAAUUUACAGAAGACAGAUCAUUGGCUUUGAAUAAAUCAAGCUUGUAUUGGUCUGACGAAAGUCCUGUGGACUACUUAUCAUUUGCUCUUGAUGAACCUAGUAGACAUUUUUCGAAUGGUGAUAUUGAAGGUUGUUUCAUAUCACAUAGCCGUACACAUGAUUGGAACGAUGUUAACUGUAACAGUCGUCAUUUAUACUUUUGUCAGUUAUUAUUGACGAAUGUGUCGGCACCGUCACAUGAUCAGCUUCCAGAAGUCGUUAAUAACGAAAUAUGCACAAACAUAUCACGUAAACCCUAUUGUAUACGUUAUAUUUCACAAAUGGCUACUUUUUACGAAGCUGAUUAUGUUUGUCGUAAUUAUAACAUGACACUAGCUACUGUACCUAGUGAAGAGCAUCAAAUGUUUAUUAUGAAUACUCUGAAACAUGAAACUAGUCAUAGUAAUUUGUCUCAGGCUUACAUUGGACUUUUCAAUUCACAUGAUAAUCUAUUGUGGACAUCCUCUUAUGGUGCCGUGCCAUUGACGUUUUGGCAAUUGAGAUUUCAAAAUACUAAAAAGAAAUGUGUUUAUAUCGAUACUAAAAUUGAUGGUUUACAUACAUGGGGGACUAUUUCAUGCUUUAAACCAUUACCGUAUAUAUGUUCAACUGACAUAUCAUCCAAAGUUAACUUAUCGUCUAUCCAAAAAGCCUAUGACAAUAUGCUGUUUUUUAAAUGUCCUGAAGGUUUUAUGUUGGUAUCUGGAAGCUGUUUCAUGAUAAAAGCGAAUAAAAAUGAUGGAGUGGACUGGUUAACUGCUUCUAACUUGUGUCGAAUUUGGGAUGCUGAUGCUCACCUAGCCACUAUAUCAUCGAAUGAACAGCAAGAUGGUUUAACUGUUCUUAUGGAUAAUCAACAAUUAUCGGCAUGGAUUGGUUUACGUUCUGAACGAAAUAUUCAUACAUGGAUUAAUCAACAUGAUGUUGUCUAUACAAACUGGCGCCCCACCGAACUAAAUGCUAAUGGAUCUAGUUGUGCUGUAAUGCAUCACGAACUAGAUUUCAUUGGUACAUGGAGUAAUGAACUGUGCAACAAGAAAUUCGGUUAUAUUUGUGAGGUUAAACCAACUAGAACAUUGGAUAAAUCCAACAUGAUACAACUUUUGGGAAUGUUGAAGCAUGGUAAUUGUUCAUCCGAUUUCUAUAUGUUUAAUAAUACGUGUUAUUCUGUGAUGCCACCACGAGAUUCACAACGUAGUAUUGUUGACUUCCGUGAUGAAAUAAGCGGUCAUUGUUCUUUGUUGACCCACGCUACUAAUAUGAAUUGUUUCACAAGUCCUCAAUUACUGGGUACCAACUUUUGUCCAGUUAUAGCGACUCCACAUAGUCCGGUUGAAGCGGCGUUUAUGCGUCUUCUGUCUAGAACUAUUAGUCCUACUAGUAAAAGUAUUUGGGUUGGUUUGAAAAUCAACCAUACAUGGGGUUCGAGUCAUCUACUAUCCGAAGAUAAUUCUUUACAAACAGUUGAAACUAAUUUAAUAGAUUUUUCUAGGCUUUUUCAACAUAAGGACAGUAAAGCGAUUUCACUAAAUAAGGACACUAAUCAAUCAUAUUUUGAUUGUUUCACUAUGCCAAUUCAUGAUGGUAAUUUGAUACAAAUGUCUAAUUGUUCAAUGCAUUUGGAAAGCAUUUGUUCAUACAAACUUGGGAGAAAUCAAUUGCCGACAAAUAUUAAACAGCAACCAGUCGACAUACCAUUAUGUCCAAAAGGUUGGAUAUCAUUCAGAGAGAAUUGUUACUGGUUACCGUCGAUACACAAAAGAAUGAGUUGGCCAAACGCAGAACGUGUCUGUCAAGAAAAGGCCAGUUACUUUGUAAACCACCGAUCAUUAAACAAUGGUCAUCUGGCUUCUGUCCAUUCUCCAGAAGAAUUACAAUUUCUAAUUAACCUAUCAUUAUCAUCAUCAUUCUGGAUUGGUUUGAAAGCCUUUUAUUCCGGUAUUAAACCUACAUCUUCGUUGAAUUUAGUAUGGAGUGAUGGUUCAGUUAUGGACUUCUCUGUAUUUCCUUCAACCGAUACUUCUACCACAUUGAAUGAACUAGAGAAUCCUGAAAAUUGUAUCUCAGUCACUGAUAGACAUCACCAUUAUUCAUGGGAUAUUAAUGAUUGUAUGGAGGAAAAAAGUUUUAUUUGCCAGUUGUCUAAACUGGAUCUGUUACUACAACAACAGCAACGGCAAACUACUGUUAUGGAUGAUAGACGAGAAAUCAAAUCGCCGCUGACUACUACUACUACUAUUACUACAACUUGUACCGAAAAAUCAUUCCCAAUACGUAGUAAAGUUGGUCCAUAUUGUUAUAGUGGAUUGUUGAAUGAUGCAAUAGAUUGGAGCAAUGCUGAAUCAAUUUGUCGUAAUAUGCACGCUAAUGCACAUCUUGUCUCAAUUCAUUCACAUGCUGAAUUAAAUGAAAUUACUGAAAUUAUCCAUCUAGAUUCACAAUCAAUGCGCACUACCUGGAUUGGAUUGUAUGAAUCAAACUUUGCUUACAAAUGGUCUGAUCAAACUGAUAUUAAUUAUAUACCAGUUUCAGCUGACAUCAGUAAAGAGUCGAGACAUUACGUGCAAGAUUGUUUUGUGCUGGAUUCAGUUAAUUCAUCAAUAAACUGGAAAGCUAUGCCAUGUAAGAAACCGUCUUUGAGUUUUAUAUGUAGAUUGAAUUUGAAUCCAUCUACAACGAUAUUACAUCCAACUACAUUUGAUUCAUUAAUAUACCCAACAUGUCCUCCUGGUUUCCGAUUCCAUGGGGACCGUUGCUUCCAAUUGAUAACAGACAAAUUUACGUGGAGUGAAGCCAAUGACAAUUGUCAUCAUAUUGUAAAGCCAUAUGCAAAUUACAAUGGAUCCUUAGCCCGUAUCGACAAUGAACUUGAUCAGCAGUUUCUAGCUAGUCUUCUAGAUAAUCUUGAACCUGAAAAAUCGUCUGCAGUAUGGAUUGGUUUGUACCGUAAUUUAUCACAUGGUUCUCACAGUUACGAUUGGUCAGAUGGUAAAAAGCCUCAAUUCAUCAAGCCAAUUAUAAGAGAUCAUCAACUUUCUGUGUAUGGUCAUACUUUUGUUUCACGACCAACUAUUUCAAUCAAGUCGAAAUCAAUGAGUCUAUGCACGUCAAUGUUUCGUGCAACGGAUCCAAGAUUGAAUGGAAUUUGGCUUCAAUGGUCGUGUGAUGAACCAAUUUAUUUAAGUAGUUUAUGUCAAGCUUCACCAAUUUAUCAAAAUAGACAUGUAAAUCAAAUGUUGCUCUCUCCGUAUCGAACGGAGACAUUUUAUUGUCCAUCGGGUUUCCAGUUGGGCACAACUGGUCUGUUAAAAGUUAAAGGUCAAUCAAUGGCAAAACUUUCUCAACCUAUGUGUUAUCGCGUUUUCAAUCAUGUCGCUAAAAUGAACUGGGCUUCAGCAAAUAUGGCUUGCAAAAAUUUAAGCACUCCAACAUAUAACGUCAGUUUGCUGACGAUUGCAUCAGUGUUUGAAGCUAGUUUUCUACGUGUAUGGCUUAAUCAACCAUGUGAUGUCAGUGGUGGUGGACUGCCAAUUAGUGAAGCAGUUUGGACAGCUUUAAAAGUACCAACUACUUGCCCUGGUUGCUAUGCAAAUUGGACAUGGGAAACCCAUGAUAAUGAACCGGUCAGAUAUACAGAUUGGUAUAAAUCACCGGGUGAAAAUCCCGGUGGUUGUUAUCUGUUUCAUCAAGCACCUUACACCACACUUGAAAAUAACAGAAUUGAUUCAGGUAUAGGCAGUAUACAAUUGGCAAGUUCAUGUGAAACACAUCAGUUUGUUGCUUGUCAGACAUUAGCUUUAAUGAAUGAUACAUCAUCAAAAUUGUUGUCUUAUCAUCGUAUUACAUCAAAUGUUGAUGUGCCUUCUGCUCCACAUCAUCAACCAGUGAGACCGGAUUGUUUUAAACCUAAAAUAGCAAUGAGUAAAUUUGAGCAUGAUGUUAUAUAUGAAACAAAAAUUAUGCAGUCUGUUACCGGGAGACAAUGUCUUAGAUGGGAUUUAAUUGAUCAUAAUUUCACUGAUGUGUCAUUAGAUUUCAAUUUUAUACGAAAUCAUUUACUGUCUGCUGAAAUGGUUCAUGGUGGCAGUAAUACUUAUUCAUAUGCUGAAAAUUAUUGUUCACAUAUACACGAUGGAAAAACACAAUCUACCAAAUUCGGAUGUUAUAUCAGUAUAAAUCCACCUAUGUUUGAGAAUUGUUCUCUAAUUCAGUGCCUACAUUCAGUUCCUACAGCUGGACAAUCUUUUCAUUGGUCUAGUGGAAUCAUGCUGUUUAUAUUCAUUACUGUAUGUUGUAUAUUCAGUAUCUACCUGUUUCGACGUAUCGGUAUUCAUAAAUGUAUUAAAAUUCGACGACGUUAUCAGCCAUUCGAUAGGUAUCGUACAUCACGUAAACAUAAAACAACAUUAUAUCUUGGCAGCACAACCAGUACCACCGAUAUCGUGAACAAUAAUCAUAAUAAUAUCAACGAAGCCGAAUCGUCAUCGACAACUGAUGACAUUCCUGAUAGUUUUCUGUCAUCUGAGCCGCCAAUCAAACGAACUGAUGUUCAUAAUAAUGAUAAUCUCACUUCGUUGCAAACUAGUGGACCAAGAAAGUUGAAUAGUAGUAAUGGUAAUAAUAUGGUUCUUUCAACUAAAUCAAAUGAUAAAUUUACAUUGUCAGCUUUAAACUUAAGUCGUACCGCUGCUUCAAUUGGUUUUAUGAAUCCUAUCUACGUACCAUUGAGCGAUAAAUAUGCAGAAGAUAAUUAUGAUCCAGAGCCAAUAAAUUAAAUCAUCAUUCGUACAUUUUCUUGGUUGUUUAUCUCUAAGAUAAACAUACAAAUAAAUAAACAGAGAUAUACGCGUAUAUUUUCCAUGUCCAUAUCACAGUUUCAGUCUUUCGGUUAUUGAAUAAAGUAAUUGUCAAAAAAAUUUCCUGAUGGUACAUAGUAAAUUACUCGAUAACAUCACUUAAUUUUUCACGUUACCAUACAGUAAUCAUCAUCAGCACACAUUGUUUAUGUUUCAUUGCGCUUAUUAUGUUGCUUUUGUGCCUUUUUUGUGAAUGAAUAUGUCGAUAUGAAAAUAUGAAACGACUUUACUAUUAUUAUUAUUAUUAUUAUUAUUAUUAUUAUUAUUACUAUUAAUGUGUAGUAGGCUCACUCCUUUUUUGCAUUGCCAGUGUAAUCAGAUCUGCACAUUCCUUUUCUAAUUUCAUGAAAAGCUUUUUUUCUCAGUUUCGUUAUCCUCCUCACCCAUUUCUCCUUCUUUGGGUGUGUGUAUUUUUCUUCCCUACCAAGGCGAAACUAUUGCUAUCGUUUUUCUUGUCCCUCGUACCCUGCCUUUCUAGUACUCAUUCAACGUCUUUCUCAUAUAUAUAUAUAUAUAAUACACAUGCGCCCAUGUUCACUCAGAUAAUUGAGUAGAACAGUUUCGCUCACAUAACUCAUGUAUUCCUCUUUCACAUUAUUGUUUCCCACCAUCAUCCGUCCCUUCUGUUUAAUUUAUUUGGCUGUGCUGCAUACCAUUAGAUAAGUAAUAUAUUUUUGUUGAACUACUGAAAUUAUUGUAUUUACUAACACAACAUUCUCAACUCAGCAACUCACGAAAAUUGCUGUUAUGUUUAGUGAUAGGUGUUUAAUGAGAAAAAGAAUCUCACGUCCAAUCAAAUACCUUCUAGCAGUGUUCAAAUGAAAGGUUAGCUGAAAUGUUGAAUAUGUAUUCAGCCGUGCGAAUCAAUACUUUUCCAAUUGCUGAUAAAUAAGAAUUUCAGAAGCUUAACUGAGAUAUCUUUAAAUCGUGAAAUAACUCAUCAUUGACAUGCUGUACAUAGUCAGAUUUAAGCUAAAUACUUCCUUUGACAUCUGGUGCAUCAUGAACAAGGUGAACUCGUUAUUAGAGGUGUGUGGGUGAUCCCUGCGUCUUGGUCACGUAAAUUGCGGAUUUGGCCUGACAAUUUCAUCUUGCUGUGCUAAUGGGGUAUGGCAGUUUGAACCAAUAUACAUACGUACACCUUGCGACUGACAAUGCGGAAGAAUACUUCUUGAGGUACCUAUAAACAAAACUUGUUUUGUAAGUAGUCUUUCUGACAAUAAAUGGUAUCUGCAGAGGUAAAAGGAUAACUAAUCGAGGCCAGUCACACUGUUUUUUUCAAGUGGUCCUUGUUGCGUUAGCUCCGUACUUUUAAGUUCUUACUCCUGACAAUCGAAGUCCGUGUUGCAAAGGGAAUUAUGGUAUUUCCUGAAACUACGUUUUUAACCCGUUCUUUCCAUUGUGCGAAGGCAGAUACUUACUUCUGAGUGAAACGUGUUACUGCCAUCACAAUACAGAACAGUUUGAUUUCGCCUUCGGCUCACGAGUUUUUUAUUUUGCCACUUUCAAACUGAGUACUUUGGUAUGGUAGAAAUUUUUGAAGUUGAUGUUGUGGCACAUUGUUGUUUGAUUGGAUCACCCCGAUAUGCAAACUUGACCCACAAUUUAAGAUAGCAGUUAUGGUCAAGCCAUCUAUACUCACCAUCCUUGGGACGUGAGUUGUAUAGUGAUUUAUUUCAUUGUUUCCUUAACUGACUCCAGUUAAUGAUGAAAAUGAACUAGAAAAACCUUGAUAUUUAUGAUGUGAGAAAACAAUUUUACUGCGUAUAUUCUUCUUUAUAAACUGCAUUAAAUGCUUAAAUAUCUUGUGUGAGCUUAUUAUUUAACUAUAUCAACUGAUAUGACUCAUACAUUGCAUUCUAAAAAAAUACAUUUGUAUAUGAAGUGUGCCGUUUUUACAUCUUGUUUUCCGAGAACUGUAUUUUCAUGGAUAAUCCAACAAACAAAAGUACUCAUUUAUUUAACUUCAGUUUAGGAAUUAUACUAACUAUAAUAUUUAGUGAAAGGAAUUUCGCAACUCCAAUAAAUAUUGACUUGUGAUCCGAGAUAAGACGUUUUGUAUUUAAAAAUUAUUUCAAUUAAACUAUUUAGGUUAUUUGGUUUAACUGGACUGAAUUUUUUUGGAAAGCUACCUUAUAAGCAAACCUAUAUCGUCAAACGGUGUUGUGAAGGUGAUUUAUAUAUAAACUAUAUUUUUAAUUAAGCGACUAAACUAGCUUACCGAGUUGAGGUUAAUCUCUCGACUUCAAGCAAGUCACGUUAUCAAGGUUUUGACCUAUUGGUCAGAGAGUUAAAAAUUAUACUUAGUCAGACUUUUGAUGUAUAUUACUAAGUAGUCUGAAUAAUUCCAGCGAACCAAUUUUCGUAAUGAUUGGCUAGUGACCGUGAAUGCUUUUGUUAUCAUGAACAAAGACUUACUUGAUUGCAGUUCACGUAAGAUACGGAAUUGAUUGUUUCCCAGUUGCUUAUAAUAUGCGAUCACAUUUCUGUUGUAACGGGUGGACUGCAGGUUUUGAUAAGCAGCGUAUUUAUCGACCGAUUACAGUGGACACGCAAACACGUAGUGGACGACCUAGUGCCCUGAUUGGACCUGCUCCGCUGUCUGUCCUAGCCAGUUGAGUCAAGAACACAAGUCACAGCCUCUGAGUUAUGAAUCAUUGUAUUUCAGACAUACUCUAUUUAUAUUACCAAACAAGCAAACCACAUCGUACCAUAAAAUAGAAAACAACAUUUACACAAUAUUUAACAAGUGAAAUAAACAUCGACCAAUAGGAAAUGUACAUUUAAGGUCCAAGGCCACCAUAGACUUAACACGAUAAUUAUUGGUAUAUUUUUCCGACUAUCCUAAUAAUUUCAAAAAGUAAUUUCGUAACAUAGUAAAUUAGUCAUAUCUACUGUCUGUAGAUGGUUAUUUUUAUGAUAUUGUAGAACUUCCUUUAAUACCAUAAGUUAUUGAUUGGUCGAGUAUAUUACUCAGUACACAAAUCCGACUGUUAAUCAGUGUAGAACACUUCGAUUUAUUCUGGAUGUCAAGUACAUUCUUAUAUAUCGUCUUCGUGUUUCUACGUAUGCGGCGCAUUUAACGAGUUCAAGGAUCCAAGUGAAACAAACCUGCAACCAGUUUGUGAUUUCAGUAUCAGCCAAUUCAACUGCCUCGCAGUUAUAAUAUUUCCGAACUGUAAAUUUAGGUGGACUUGGUUGUAUUUCCUAUUCAUGCCUAAAACGCUUUCCAUGUCGCUGUUGUAUAUUUGUUAGGGUAACUUAUUUUAAUGAUUCAAACCUCAGAGUAUUUAUCGUAAUAUUUAUUUCUGUUUAUGAUGGAACUGAUAUUCCUUGCUAUCGUAUAACGUGUGUUACAAAGCUUAUAGUAGCUGUUAACUUGAUUACUAAGUAAUGGCUAGCAGUGUAAUCAAGUUAUCAGGCGUCAUUUAAUUUGAAACACGUCACCUAAAAUUGCCUACAUUCCAUCAUUGCUACUUAAACCGAGACCCGAACAUAGCACUUUGCGUUGCAAGCGCCAACGCGUUAUCUACUGAGUCCAGAUAACCACAAGCUUUUAGAACGGGUUUGAACGUUUAUUGGUUAGGGUUUGUAUUUCCUUACUGUUGACAAUACGGGCAGUAACUGAUUAAUCUUGGAUCUCCAUAUUACCAUCAAACACUGAGAUCUAGGUACAUCCUGAAGAUGAUUCCCACAAAAGAUACUCAUCUCCUAAAUUCCGUUGAUAGCCAAUGUCCAACUUAAAAAUCUUGUGGAUAAAUGACUCUAUCAAACUAAUUUGCAAUCCUAAAUAUAAAUAACGGGACGAUACAAACCUUCAUAAUUAUUUGAUCUAGUUAUUUGUUCCUUCAUUAAAAUCACACAAAUUUGUAAGUGAAAACAGUUUGUAGUGCAUUCUGAAAUAAUAGGUGGUAUAUAAUUAUUAUGUUAAAUAAUUAAGUAAUCCGAACUAUUUUACAACAUAGUGUAGUAUAUUCUGGAAAUCUAUAAAUUUAUAAACACAUUGAGCCUAAUAUCAGAGGCUUUCUAUAGGCUUUAACUACUUGUGUACUAUUAAAUUGACAUUAUUUUCCUUAAUGUAAUUUACAGUAUGUUGUAAACGAUCUUAUCGCUUAAUAAAUAUUAGUAGCACAACUCAAAAUAUACACUAAAAAUUCACACAUUUAUUUCACUUUUGAUUAUCAAUUGGUAUUUCUACUUUUAUCUAAAUGUGUACUGUCAACUUCUCAAUGUGUAGCUAUCUUGGUUCAUUUCCACAACGAAUGAAUUAUAAAGCUGUGCUAACAAUUAUUCAAGUAACAAAUUAGAAAUUCUAAAUUGGUGUGACAAAGUAAUUUUCAUAGAGAUCAAACUAAUUAUCUAAACAGAAGACGAGUCCUUUACUAAUUAUGUUUAUACAUAUUAACAUAGUGUCGUUUAAAUAAUGAAUAACUAGCAAAGAAGUAAUAAAUUGUGUCAUACUUUUCUUAGUAUUUAAACAGUCCUUAUCGUUCUAAACAAAGUGAUUCAUCAUUCAACUAUCAUAUGCCCGUAUAUACAUAAAUGUUAGCUGCAUCACUCCAUAAAAAAUAGCAACAAAGUGAAACCUAUUUGCAACCCGAUAUAUUUGACCUUCUUAGUCGUUGACUGGUAAUUGUACGGACUUAUGAUUCCUUUGUACUUGAAUGCGCACUGGUUACGAAUUCAGAAUAUAAUAGGUUCAUUUAUAAUCAUCUAGUUCUACCUGCCUUAAAAUGAACAAUUUCAGGAACUCCUGGUUAGUACAUUAACUUAAAUAUUUCCAACCAUCAUAUUGACG